UGUAUCUAUCCACAUGUAUCUAUCUACAUUCAUCUAUCCACAUGCAUCUAUUCACAUGCAUCUAUCUACAUUCAUCUAUCCACAUGCAUCUAUUCACAUGCAUCUAUCCGUAUGGAAACACAAGUUUUACGACUUGGUAAUGUCUAUCAAUGUUCUUCCUUGUAAUUCUUUUCUCCUCUGUUAAAUAUCUUUGUAAAAUAAUAAAAACGGUGCUCUGCUUG